CACAAUCCAAUCCACAUCUCCGGCUUCAACAACCGCCUCUGGUUCUUUGUCCAAUCAAUUGUCGCCCUUCAACUGCUCCCCGGCUUCUUCGUCCUGAUACAUAGCUCCCAUAUCAAUGUGACCGGAGAGCUCUGCGAAACCUUCCAUCUACAAAUCUACUCCGCGCCCUGCUCUCGUGCUCACGAUUCACUCAUCUCCCUAGCAACAGCCAACUUGGUUCCGCGUUACUAUACUAAUCCGCCACGCGACACCCCAGCUCUCAUACCAACCCAAACACUGCCAUUAACGCGUCCAAUACAAUCAAGAUGUUUGGCCGCCAACUAGUCAAGAGCUCCAGCUCUCUCAGUCCUUCGACCUCUUCUUUCAUCCGCGCCCUCAGCACGAGCGCGCCUCUCUUGCGAUCCCCAGCCCUCGCAGACAUCACCCCCGAAGGCGUAACGUCAUUCGAUUCCAGACAGAAGGAGUUCCGAGCACGGUUAGCAGAGCAGUCCAAGAAGAAGCUGGAGAGCAAAUUCACGGCAGAGGAGCAUGGCAAGAAGUCCGGACCAAUCUCGAACCUGAUCUAUGGGACGAAGGAGGGUCGGCGGAUGGACGAGGAGAUCGAGCAGUCUUUCUCGCAGGUUUUGGCCAGGGGGAAGUACGUGCAUAGCAUCGUGUUCCAUGAGGUGAAACCGGAUAAGGUCGAUGAGUACGUGGAGUUGGUAGGGAGCUGGUAUCCGCGGAUGGCCGGGAUGCCCGAGAACAAGGUCCAUCUGGUAGGAAGCUGGAGGACCGAAGUUGGCGAUUGCGAUACCUUUGUUCAUAUCUGGGAGUACCAACGCUAUGAUGGCUACCAUGAUUCCCUCCACAGCAUCGCCAGCCACCCCGAGUUCCCUGCCUUCAACGCCAAGCUCAAGUCCCUCAUCCGCUCCAAACGCACCUCCCUAAUGCAAGAAUUCUCCUUCUGGCCGACCACGCCCCCCCGCCAACUCGGCGGCCUCUUCGAGCUGCGCUCCUACACCCUGCACCCAGGAAACCUGCUAGAAUGGGAAUCCCACUGGCGCCGCGGCCUCGAAGCGCGGAGGGAAGUCAUGGAAGGCGUCGGCGCCUGGUUCGUCCAGAUCGGCGAGCUGAAUACCGUGCACCACCUGUGGCAGUUUGCGAAUUUGGAGGAGCGCAAGGUCCGUCGAGAGCAGAGCUGGAGCGUCCGGGGAUGGGGCGAGACGGUCCAUAAGACGGUCCCGCUGAUUCAGACGAUGAAGAGUCGUAUCCUGAUCCCUAUGCCUUGGAGUCCUGUUGCUUGAGGGACUGACUAUGCGCUGAGAGGGUGCUUCGGCCGAGCGAUUGCUGGUAG